CUCUUCAACUAGUUCCAGUUUAAAGCCCGGUUCCUAAACCCUAGUAACUCUUUCCCAGUCUCCACUUUCAACUCAACCUUUGUACUUUGCCUUCUCCCUCUCUCUUUCUCUCUUUCGUUCCACCGUACCAAUCUGGCGAUGGCUUCCUUAGAUGAAGAAACCUCCAAGAAAGUACUUCGACAGGUCGAGUUCUACUUUGGUGAUAGCAAUCUUCCUAGAGAUAAUUUUCUCAAAAAUACCAUUAGCGAAAGCGAAGAUGGAAUGGUUAGUCUGGCAUUGAUAUGCUCGUUUACCCGAAUGAGAACACAUCUCGAUUUGGGGGAUGUGAAGCCAGACAAUGUGGCUGAAGAUAUAGUGAAGGCUGUGGCCGAAACUCUUAGAAUGUCCACUUUCCUAAAGAUCUCUGAAGAUGGCAAAAAAGUUGGUAGGACUAAUGAACUGGUGAAACCAGAGGAGUUAAUAGAGCAAUUGGACAGUAGGACAGUGGCUGUAUCACCCUUCGAGCACAAUACGAAGCAGGAAGGAGUGGAGGCUUUCUUUGGGAAAUUCGCCAAGGUUAACAGUGUGAGGCUUCCUCGUCAUGUUGCUGACAAGAGGUUUUUUUGUGGCACGGCCUUGGUUGAGUUCUCAAAUGAGGAAGAUGCUGAAAAUAUUUUGAAGCAAAGUUUUGAUUAUGCAGGUGCUAAGUUAAACCUAAAACCAAAGAAGGAUUUUGAUGCCGAAAGAGAGAAAGAAACAGAGGAAUUUGAGAAAAAUCGUUCCCUUGCAAGUUCAAAAGGCAAGAAUUCCCCCGAAGCAAGUUAUACAAAAGGCUUAAUUGUUGCAUUCGCAUUAAAGAGGAUCUCAGCUGAAGGUUCUGCAGAACCAAAUGGCACUCAUGAGCCAGCCAAUGGUAGCAUUAAUGCUGGAACUGAUGGAGAUAAUGCUACUGAAGAUGUUAAGACAGACAACAACAAAGAAGAAAAAGUUGAAGGGGAGAGUGUUGAUAGCAAAAUAGAUUUGGAGAAAGAUGGGAAUGAAAUUAAAGACGGAGAAAAGGCUUCUGAGGCUCCUGUUGCAGAGAGUGAAGAGAAAGAAGAAAAGACUAAUGCUGCUGCUACCUUCAAAGAUAACAUGGAAGUAAUUUUGCGAGAAGAUCUGAAGGCUGUUUUCGGAAAGUUCGGUACUGUCAAGUAUGUGGAUUUUAAGAUGGGAGAAGAAUCAGGAUACAUUCGAUUCGACGAACCUGAAGCUGUGCAGAAAGCUCGUGCUGCAGCUGUUCUGGCUGAACAAGGUGGUCUGGUUGUGAAGAACUUCGUUGCUACUCUAGAUCCAGUCACUGGUGAUGCUGAAAAGGAUUACUGGAGCUUACUCCUCCGCGGUAAUCAAGACAAACGGGAUUUUAAAGGCAACCGUGGAAGGGGAGGUAAACACAACAGAGGCUGGAAACAUGGCCGCUCAAGAGACAAUGAUGCAUCGGGUGGUCGCUCAGCUAAAGCUCAGAAAGCAAAUUGAGAAAAUAUCUAUAGGGAAACGUUUAAAUGUAGUUUUUCAUGAUCAAUUUUGUUUGAAGCUUACAGAGAAAUGUGGCCAUUGAGAGCUCUAUGCUCAUAAUGGCUUGGUGGUCUGUUAUGCUCUAGUUUCGUGCUGUGAACUGUAACACAGCAGUAGCAUGCUUUUGUAACUUACUAUUUAUUAGCGUUCAGUUUGUGACUUUUGAAAUUACCAAGGGAAAUUUGAGGAUCUACGGAUCCUAACUUAUUAAA